AUGGAGAAACUCGACACCGACAUCUGUUCCUGCAGGCAGAACAAAACGGACAGAAAACGCCGUACCAGACAGAUCGCGACCUCAGCGGAGGCUAGCAGUCAGCGACUUGAACGCUGACAGAGGGGACGUGCCGAUAGAGGUGGGCAUGCAGAAACGUUUGUCAGAACAGGAGAGACGGCGCAGCAUUGAUGAUCUGGUAUCGCUUUGCUCCAGAGUCGCGCAAUGUUUGCGAGACUUCCAGGACGUGGUGGAAUGGAGAGCGCUCGUGGUAAAUUUGCUGGGCGAACUAUCACUCCUUACUACCUCUUUAUGCCGACUUCAGCAGGUGCAUUUAUCAAAUGCCCACUUAUUGCGCAAUUCCGCUGGAUUCACAGCGUGUUUUGACGCGGCGAUCGGGUCACUUUCAGCAACUCUCUUGGAUCUGGAAGAAUCCUAUUCUAGCGCCAGCCAAAGUCACGAUGCGCUGGUCGAUGGUGUACAGCAAGUAAAGAACCAGCAGCAGGCCAUUUGCUUUCUGCUGAGCAACCUGACGGCGACCAUUCCGCCGACUCCUCCGGAGGAUGAUAUCCAAGCCUCUUCGCAGAGCCUGGAGAUCCCGUGCUCAUCAUCAGAUGCCGGAUCUGCUUCCGAAAUCUCCACAGGUAUCACGCCAGGCAUAGACGACAGGUGUUGGAUGGAGCCACCACCUGAGUACAGUCCCCCCCAGCAAAACAGGGCUACUCGUUUCAUAGAAAAGGCCUGCAGCACUACCGAGCCACAUGGCAUACUAGCCAGGUCACCGGAGCUGGAAACCUCCAGCGAAUAUGAUGAGAAUGCAAUUCUCGGUAUGCGAGACUAUAUCAAUGAUAAGACGAACAUAGCUAAUGCUUUGUCAGAUGCUGUCCUGCAGAACGACAGUCGAGCAUUAUCGUACUUGCUUGACAACUUCGCAGAUCCGUCUGUGCACAUUGGAGAACUGCAGCGAACGCCCCUACAUCAGGCAGCCCACUUGAACCACUGUUCAUGCAUCACAACCUUACUGAAACAUGGCGCAGUCAUGAGCACUGAGGACGUCAAGGGCGACACCGCACUGCAUUUGGCAGCCUGGGCGGGACAUGUCGAGGCUCUCGCAACGCUACUUGCGCAUGGAGCAGAUGUGGACUGGCUGAGCGGAGGCGAUGGUUAUAGCCCGCUCUGGUGCGCCAUCAGCAGCUAUCAGAUUGAUGCGGCUCGCCUGCUGCUCAAACACGGCGCUAGAGUGAGUCUGCGUGCAGCCUCAGGAGGCGGCCUCACGCCUCUUCACCAGGCAGCUGUCACUGGACAGAGUGCAAUGUGCGAGCUUCUGUUGGAACGGGGUGCGCAGACAGACUGCCUCGAUGACGAGAAGAACACGCCACUUCAUCACGCGGCCGCCUGCGGCUCCGCAGCGUCGGUCAAGGUUCUGCUUCGUGGCGGGGCCAGGAUCGAGGCCCGCCAGGUACACGGGUUGACGGCGUUGCAUUGGGCAGCUCAUAAGGGGCACACUGAAGUCGUGAGCGUAUUGCUCGACUCUGGGGCAGCGAUCGAUUGUCAGGCGAACGAGAGUGGUGGUGUCACGCCUCUUCAUCUUGCUGCGAACCGCGGUCAUGUCUCUGCGGCUCGAAUGCUGCUUGACAGAGGCGCGGACGGCAACGUCGUUGCAUUAAGCUGGGAUGGUAUGAGUGGGACGCCAGUAGAACUGGCAAAGGCAAGGGGCCAUAUUAGGCUCAUGAAGAUGUUGAAACGAUAG